AUGAAUGAUACAACUUCUUGUAAUUUAAGCGUAGAAAAAAGAUAUGAACACUUAAAAUUAUUUUUUAGUAAUAUCACUAGUUUAAUUUUUGAAUUAAAAGACUUAAUGAAAGUUCAUGAAAUUUUAAUCUAUAAGGCAAAAUUAGAAGCUAAUGAAAAAGGAAAUUUUAAAAAAAAUCAAGAAGAACUUAUGAUAUUGAAACAAAAAUUUGAAUUAAUAAGAAAAGAAAAUGAUAAAAUGGAAAAUCAGCUGAAAUAUUAUAAAUCUAUUAAUGAUUCUAUAAAUUCUCAAAUUAAUCAUACUUCAGAUAACAUACAAAAAAUGAAAUCAAAUAUUAUUUUAGAAGAACAAAAGAAGAUAGAAAUGAAAAAACACAUAAACGACCUAAAAUGUAAAUAUUGUAGAACUUUAAAACAAAAACAAAUACUGGAUGAUAACUUUUUACAUUUAACAAAAGAAAACAAAAAAAACUAUAAGGAAAAUAAAGAAAUUAAUAGUUUAUUCAAAGAAUUAGAGAUUAAAAUUGAAUCUGUUACAUCUAACAGUGAAAAUAUAAUAGAAAAGUAG